AUGGAUGGAUUGUUUUGGUCCGUCCGACAAGCCGCAGCCGCAGCCGCAGCCGCAGCUUUCAGCUGCGAUGCAGCCGUUUUUCCAGUUGAGGUCCAAACCCUGUGGGCCUCUAAGAUGCCAAGGUCUCCGCAGUCCGCCGCGUCGCGACGAAGAAAGCGCGACUCCACCAUUCAGUCCGUAGAUAUUCUGAACACCGUGAUGCACACAUUUUCCCCCGCAAAAUCACACGUUAAGGCUUCUCUUCCUCUUCCUCGUCGGACACGCAGUACUACUCUUGCGGAAAGCCGACUGCCUCGAGACGAUUUCUGGGAUGUUUCACGAUCUCCCCCGGCUCCAGCAUCUGAGCCUCGCCGCCGACUCUCAAAGAAACUUACCACCCCCCAAUCGUCAUGGAAAUCCCGACUUCGAAGCUUUACGGAAGACACAACUUUUGGAUCAGUGGUUAUACAAAGCAAUGAUGAAGGAUACGACCGAGCUAUCGCUAAGGACAAUGACGGGAGCAUUGACGAGGAGGGCGAAUAUGACAAUGCUGGGGAGGAAGAAGACGCAAGUGAUAUUGUCGACAUCCUAGGCAAGGAAGCCUAUGGCCACGACAAUGACAUUGAGAUGCUUGAUGUUCAAGAUGACAAAUCCUCAGAAGAUGUUUCAUCCCCUAUAAAUCUUUUCUCCGAAGAAAGCGAUCAAGAGGUUACAGUUGCACAGCACAAUUCGCGAUCGCCUUCAAUGGUAGAUGACAAUUUGCCCAGGCUGCAACCAGCGGAGCAACGGGAAAGACUGGGCAUCGCCCACUCAAAAUCAGCCAAAGACACUAGCCGCUCAGUGGAUGAGCAAGGACAUGCCUCAGAAACAUCAGACAACAGCCAGUCACCGCCCAGGAGCCCACCUCAUGAUGGUAGCAAAACAAAAGGAGAAUCGGCGAGCCCGUCGGGACAAGGAGCAGGAGGUAACCUUGUUGAUUUUGUAAAUCCGUCUCCAGAGCCCACAACACGUGCCAAGCAGCGCGGAAAGGCCUCUGAAGUAGCGGAAACGCUCAGCUUCCUCAGUUCCGUUGGUGGAGAAGGGCGACGAAUAACGCGAGGAGCAUUGGCAGCGGCAGCAUUGGCGAGCAGCUCGCGGAGCCAUUCUAUUGAAGAACAAGCCCCAGGUACAAAGAAGCCACAGGCAGUACGAUCAACAAAGAUCCAUGCCACUCGAAGCCGAGAGAAAAUGCAUGACCCAGGCGACCCACAAUCUCCCAAUGGACACCGAGAAACGCUAGGCAUACCUGAUGACCACCGUGAGUCCUCUGAAGACGAUGAAUGUAACCCCGUUGAGUCGGACAACGACUCUAAUGGCUCCUGCGCUUCAGGCGUGCAUUCUUCUGAAUUCGCAUCGUCUCCGAUCACAUCGCCAACAAAGCGAAGACGGACCGAUGCCCCUUCUCAAACAACGCAAGCGAUGCUGCCUCCCCACGAGCCAGUUGUUGCAGUACCCAUUUCUGGAGCACCGGCUCAUGGAACGGAAACUCAUCAGCCUUCGCGAAGCAACUCGAAUGAUGAUGAAAAUUCGAGUCAGAGCUCCGACGACGAGUUGGACUUUCUAGCGGACAGUCCUUGGUUUCAGAAAGCGUUGAAGGCGGACAACCAAAAACAAAGCUGGAAGGCAAUCAUCAGGCAAGGUCGGAAAUUUGCUCGCGUAAGUCAGUCAAGUUCGACUGCUGAACUUGACUUGAUUCAGAAACCGCUCCGGUCAUUCAUUGCGCUCUACAUAGGGCUCUUGGAAGGCCUGAAGGAUGGCAGAGGACCUUCCGAAUAUGAAGCCUCUCGUUGCGACCGGCUGCUUCGGAAGGUGGUAAAAGAGAGAUGCCGACUGCGUGACAAGGUAUACCAUCUGAGUAAGAGAGGCACUUCAUUUAAGGAGCAAAGCAUGGCCCUGGUGCGGGCAUUCUACAAGGAGGUAAUACCGCCUAUGGCACGGCUUCUGCUCCUCUGUUAUGAGGUCUAUUACAUGGACGAGAAACUCUUCUUAGAGUCCUAUGAGCAUUUGGGAAAGUCUCUGACUGUGCUUUCCGAGUCCUGCAAGUGGGUUGACAGUAUCGCUCAAUGCUUGGACUCCAUCACCUGCCUUGAAUCGGAUCUCCGUCGCGCCUUGGAGAAGCUCGUCCAAUCCUUAAACUAUGGCCGAUUGAAGAAGCCGGAACGCCCCAAGACCCCCGAGCAAGGCACCGAGGUGGUGGUGGCGCGGAAGGCUCGUAUCACGUCCAAGGAAUGGACGAAGGACGAGGAGAUGGCUCUGAUUAGGGGGUUGAAGAUUCAUCCGGAAGCCGCGCAGAACCGAUAUCAAUCGGUACGAAGCUUCUCAUUGAAAGAGCUCAAAGACCGGCACAUCCUUGAUAUCCGCUUGAAGAGUAGAGAAAUGUAUACGGCUAUCCGCCCGCAGAUUAGGGAGGAGCUGAAGACAGCAGAGGGCCAACAAAAAUGGGCAUGGUUGAUGAGCAUCCCCAAUUCACGGUAGGUCCAGCUGUUUUGCUGCUUUUAUCGCCACCCAUCAAUCCAGGGGUGGCUGAAGGGCUCCAGGCUGGAGGUGGGCUUGGGUGAAGGUGGGUAUGGGGGAACCAUGGAUCACAUUGUCUUGGAUGGGGGAGGGUAAACACAACAACAAACAAGAUGGUGAGGAUGUACUGGAGAUUCAAUUCGAUGUAUGUGAUUUCCGGGAU